AUUGAUAGACUUUUUGCGAUUCAAAUAAUACAAGUGAAAAUGAAAACUCACUUCACGAGACUUGACAAGACCAAGGCUGAGAGAAAUAAGGAUGAGUAAAGCUACGAUUUGAUCCAUUUCGAGACAAAUAAGUCACGUUAUUUUGAAUAGAAUAUAUAAUCUCGUCGGUACAUUACAUGCGUAAACUUUCACUACACUGAAGCAUUAAAAAGUAUGGUGCAUCACUCUUGAAAAUCGCCAUUUGAAAAUCAAAAGUAAACACUGCUUCUAAUAGUUCUGAUUUUGAUUUAUCACAUCAUCAUAACAACGUCUUUUGCAGAAAAAUUACAACAAAAUGAUCCUUGACCCUUUUUGCAAAAUUAUAUUGCUUCAACUUCAGAUAUCAAGUAGUCGUCGACGUCUUUCAAAGGUCAUCUAUCUCAUUUGUCAUCCCCGAUUCGUAGAGAACCAGGCCCGACAUGGCCAAGAAAAUGGAGAGGUCAGCACUGGACAAGCUGCUGAGUCGUAGCCACCUGACAGAGACCUUCCAAGGGGACGAGGCAGGUGCCCACAAGGACGACACGACCUUUCCUUCGAAGGAGUCUGCAGCGCCGACACCGGGUCCACAGGGGGAAGACGUACCCACCACGACCACCUCCUCACCUCCCUCGCCCCCUGGACAAGGCGAUGCUGUGACUCGGGACGAAACAGAAAUUCCAAGCCAUCCCCGACGUGGUCCAGGAUUUCUCACCCUGAUCGGAUACUUCACUUUGCGAAUUGUUUUCAUCCUCGCUGCCCUCUCGACUUUGAUACUUUUGGGCUUGUAUGGUCUCAAAUUGUCUGGAAUUUACGAUCCCUGCCAAAUACUGAUGGUUUCGAGUGAACUCGAGUGUACUCCGACACCGUACUUGAAGGGACUGUUUUAUCACGUGGAAUGCACCAAACGUAUGCAUUGUCUUCUUCCUGGCUUUUCCUCAGUGAGUAUGAAUGAAGAUUGGACCCUCAACCCAACUCAAAGAUCCAACUAAUUGACAUAUGUAAUGGAUGGCUUUAUUAUUCAUGUGAUUAAGCUUCGUAAUUAUGUAAUUAUGUUUGUAAAUAUGAAAACGGAAGCAUGUGCAAAAUAAUAUUUCAACGAUUCAAGUAAUAUCAACAAUGUAAAACAGCGUAAAUAAAAAUCAGUAGA